AUGGUCCGCGGAGAGAGCGGAGAGCAGCUCGCCGGCUCCACGCGCGGCGCCAAGUGCGAGCUGCCGGCCGGCGUCGUCGGGUCGCUCAUCGGCGCGCCCGUCACGGUGGCCGACGUGUCCGUCGUGCCGCAGUGGUACGGCGCCGACCACUCCCUCGUGCUGUACACGUGGCCCGAGGUGCAGAGGCCCCCGCUCAGCGAGCCUUCGGGCAGCAUGGCGGCCUUCAUGCGCCCCGUGCGGUCCAUCGUCGGGCUGUACCCGAUGCCCUACGACGUGGACGGCGGCCAAGGAGCCCGGCCGCCGGGGCCGUCUGCCGGAGGAGCGAUGUCCGCGGCCCCGCGGCCCGCGCGGUGCCUGUACGCCCUCUGCCGCAUGAGCUCGCUGGAAGUCGUGCCCGGCCGCAGCCACCUCGUGGUCGGCGGCACGGAGAUGGGCUCGCUGCAGGUUUGGGAUCUGCGGGGCAAGCCGCACGCCCCGAGCCGGAUGGCGCCGGUCAACAGCGCAGAGGGCGACGGCUUGGACUCGGAGGAGGCCCACUUCGAGGGCGCGAUUUGGAUGGCGCCCGUCUUCUCCACGGACCAGCUUGCCUUCAAGGACGAGCUAGGGGGCGACUUCCACGCCGACAUGGCGGGCGGGGUGCACUUCGUGGAGAUCUGCUGCGUCAGGUGUUCGGACGUGGUCGGAGGAGACUCCCUCAUAUUCGCCCUGGACCUGAUGGGCACCGUGAGCUUCUGGCGGGUGCUUGAGCCGGCCUCGGGCACGAGCGUCCCGGUGAAGCUCGCGCUAACGGGCAAGCUGUCCCUCACCGACGGCUCGAACGUGCUAGGCGACUUCCUGAGCUCGCCCUUCCUAUCCAUUCACCCGCAGCAGCAGGCGCGGUUCAUCGUCGCGUCCACUGCGGGUCUGCUGCAGUGCUUCCGCAAGCGGGCCGCCUCCAUCUCCGAGGGGCCUGCGAAGCUGGACCUGAAUCGGCACACGGAGGAGGACUGGGUCAAGAACGAUGAGCUCCUCGGCACGGCGAGCAUCACCGACUUCCUGGGCUCGGGCUUCGACGGGGACUUGCCGUUGACACAGUCCUCCAACGAGCAAAACGGCGCAGUGCUGAAGGUGAAGGUCCAGUUGGACCGCAAGGGCUUGAAG